CGAAAGUUACCGAAAGAGUGGACCUGAAGUGGGUCCCCGUCCCUGCGACAUGUAGACUUGAAGUGGCCAAUCAGAAUCAGCGGAACACGUAACCCCAAUUUCUCCGAAUCUACUACUACUACUACAGUUAGCCGCACUCUCUCGCUCCCGUCCCUGACACGACUCCCUCGAGUCUCGAGCACCAUCAGGCUCUCCUCGUUCUCUCGACCAAAGGCUUUCUCGAAUCGGGAAAAUCCCAGAGCUACUGCCUUCGUAGUUCCUAAGAGACAUGGCGAAGAUCGACGCUGCAUCUAUCGCGGUACUAUGCCUGAUUCUCGUAUCGACAUGGGUGCCCACCGCGGUGGGCGUCAAGAAACCGGCUUCGGCCGCCCGGAAGGAAGACGUCCCGUUCAUAAAGUGCCAAGUAUGCGAGAAGCUCGCGUCCCAGCUGUAUCGCCAGGUGCAGAAGAAGCAAGCUCAGAUCUCUCCCAAAAAGAUCUCGGAGUAUGAAGUGAUUGAGAUCGCCGAGAACAUUUGUAAUUUGAAGAAGGAGGAAGCUGAUUGGAUUCUCAAGAUUGAUGUUGUCGAGCAAGGGGAUAAAUUGGAGCUUGUAGACCAAGAUACUGAAGGGAUAUGCAAUUCCGAGUGCAAGACUAUCGAAAGAGCUUGUCAAGAGAUCAUGGGUUACUCUGAUACUGAUGUUGCUGAGUAUAUAUAUAACUCCAAGCCCCAAAUUGAUUCACUAGUUGAUUUUCUCUGUAAAGACCUCAGUCGAGCAUGCAGUUCCAUGCCCCCUCCACUUCCUAAGGGUAGGACUCCCGGAGAAGCUUUUAUGCCCAAACCAGCUAAGGAUGCUGAAAUGGAGAAGAUCUUGAGAUCGAUGGAGGGAAUGCCGGGAGCGCCCAGCAUGAAGAUGUACUCAAGGGACGAAUUGAUGAACAAAAACUUCGGUGAGGAAGACGACGACGAAGAAGACGAAGAUGAGGAUGCACACUUCCCCUCAAAAUUGGGAAAAGUUUUGAGAGAGAAGGAGAGCAGAAAGGGCGAUUGGAAGCAGAAACUAACAGAAGGCAUCAAAACUACCGGGGAAGUGUUAAAGAGACAUGCAGACAAAGUCUCACUGCGAUUACGAAAGUGGUGGAGAGGAGUUAGAAGCCCAGACUCGAAGAAAAAUUCGAAGACCGGCAAGUCAGAACUUUAAUGCCCAAAUAUCAGACCUUUGAAGAAACCAAUACUUGAGCCUUGAGGGUAUAUAAUCUUCAUGGUCCGGCUGCUGUAUCGGUAUAUAGUUUGCAAGGCCCUUGAGAGCGGAAGAUUCCAGCUGUUCCAAGAGGCUGAGAGUUCAGUGACACCCUUAAACUGGUUCGGUUUCCUUCAGUACCAACAUGGAACAAAGGUGGGGAAUUUUGAUCUUGUUACGACAGCCUCUUGAAUUUUGAACAUCUUUAUAGAACUGCUCAAAGAAUUGUUCGGUCACCAAAACAUGCGGUCACUCUGUUCUGUGCUUUCCAUAAGAGCUCUUUGCAACUUAGGACAGCUUCAUGUCGAAGAGUUGUUAUA